AUGAAGUUCCUCUCAGCCCUCCUUCCGCUCCUUACCCUUGGGCUAGCUUCGGCUGCCGAUGUCGCCAGUGAGCAGCCUGCCGCCGCCGCCACCCCGGAGAAGGUUGUCAAGGCUCUGAACGUGUCGCUCGGUGUGCAGUUCGUUGAUGCUGUCCCCGAGUUCGGCAUCAAGGCGAUCAAUGGCAUCCCAACAAAGUUGAACCUCCACAUUGUGAACAACGAGCCGGAGGACAUCCGUGUCCAGCUCAUCCAGGGCUCGCUAAAGACCCCCAAGGGUGUCGAAUUGAGGAAUUUGACGGCUUCGAAGGUCGGGGUAAAGCUCGGGAAGGAUCAGGCGAUUGAUUUACCAUAUCAGACCUCCGAGGGUUUGGCCGUUUCCCAGUCUGCGUUCAAUCAGACCAUCUCGAUCGUUGAGGCACCCACCUCGCUCUUUGACCCCCAGGUUCUUUUCUUGUACCUCCUUCUCGCAGCCGGUUUCGGUGCCUCAGGCUACUUUGUCUACAACACCUGGCUCGCUAGCGUCAUCCCCAAGACCAAGCGCUCCGGUACCGACCAGGUCCGCCUUGUCCGCCCCGCCCCCACUCUUGCCGCCACCAGCGCGGGCUCAUACGAUGAGAGCUGGAUCCCGGAGGGCCACAUCAAGAAGCCUGCUACUACCCGUGCCAGAAGUGGAACCCCCAAGGGUGCCAAGAACAGGAAGGGUGGUGAGUAA